AGUGCCUUGAUCAUUUGCGAACCGAAACCUGAAGUCUGGCUAGUUUAGGAUCCCGAAAUGCAAAGCGUGGCAGGAGAGCGAGGCAGAGGGGAGGGGGCGGGGAGGGAAUGAAAAAAAAGGGAAAAGAAAGCCCCAAAGGUUGGACUUCCGGCGCCUCCUCCGCGCUGUGCAAGAUCAGGAGAGACGCCAGAGAAGCAUCGUCCACAGAGAGAGGAGGGGGCAUCGAGCUCGAUUGGAAGCUGCUGCUGCUGCUGCUGCGCCAUGGUGAAAAUCAGCUUCCAGCAACCAGGGACGGGGCUCAAGGCAGAGAAGGAUGGAGCAGCAGGCGGUGGGGCCAAGGCAGAAGCGUCCCUGCCUCAGGAUGUGGAGGUACAGCCUUUGCCAGUGCAGAGCAGAAGGUCCUCUUUCAGCCGCAUGUGCUACUUGACAAUGAUCCUGAUGCUGUUGCUUCUCGGCUUGAUUUUGACAUCCAUGUAUGUCUACAGAUACUUCUCUAUUACUGGCUCAUCUUCGACAUACUCAGAAAACCUGUUCCACUGCGGAGUUAUUUAUCAAGACCAUUCCUACUCACAAUUAAAAGAACAGAUGGAGCUGCAUGAGGAUGUGAGGAUUUACCUGGAGGAGGAUUAUGAACAGAUCAACAUUCCAAUGCCGCACUUCGGUGAAAGUGAUCCAGCAGAUAUUAUCCAUGAUUUUCAAAGGGGGCUGACAGCAUAUCAUGACAUAGCCCUUGAUAAAUGCUAUGUCAUUGAACUGAACACCACUAUUGUCAUGCCACCUCAGAGCUUCUGGGAGCUUCUCAUUAAUGUGAAGAAGGGGGUCUACCUGCCACAAACCUACAUCAUCCAGGAGGAGAUGAUAGUCACAGAGCACGUCACUGACAUGGACCAGCUUGGCUCCUUUAUUUACCAUUUGUGCCGCGGUAAAGAGACAUAUAGGCUGAAGCGCAGAACUUCAAGAAGACAUAUCCAUCGACGUGCGGCAGAGAGCUGUCAUCACAUUCGCCAUUUUGAAAACACCUUUGUGGUUGACACAGCUAUUUGUCAGAAGUUGUGAGAACCACUCACCAGAUUUAACCUUUUGGGGCUUUGCUUGUACUCAUCCAUGCAGACUCUCUCUUCUGGAGAGAGAAUUCAGCUUAUUUUUCUCCUUGCUCCCAUUGCUUGUGCAUUACUAACUUCUCAGGUCGCAUGUGAUCAAAUACCGACCUUUGGUGUCUCUAUAUUGCAUUUGCUUCUUAGACUUUGCUUAAAUCCCAGUUACCUUAAAAUGUGACUACAGAGGGAGGGGAAGAUUCCUUGUGAAAACUGGCCCAAUAAUCUCUUCUGGGAGUGCACAGCAUACUCUGAGAAAUGUAACUGAUAGCAUAGAAGACUCUUAAUAUGAAUGGCUGGCCAUUUGUUGACUUGGGGAGAAAGAAGCUCAGUAACAACCUGUGAACGCAUUUGGCUUUUCAGGGCUUGUUUUGUUAGGUAUUAUUUCAGUGUAGAAAUCCAUUUCCUCUAUCUCAGUCUGUUAACAGAAAAAUCCACCAUAAAAUUGCUACUCUAAAAAAAGAUGGAAAGGUGCCUCUAGAAAGAUUUUUUUACAGCCCAGUGUGGAAGUUCAUUGACCUAUGAGCAAGGUGUAUUCCUGGUUUAUUGCUCUGUAAAGCAGUAUAUGUGGUUUUUGUUAUGCUUAUUUGCAUGUGUUAUUUCUUUUGCAGUAGCCACAACCCCAAGAUGCUAGGUGUGUAGGUUUAAGCAAUAAUCCAGAUCUGUUCUGGAAGCUGUUCCUGGCAAGAAGAUCUUAAAAGUUGGCUCCCUUCUUCCUAUAGUCUCCAAAAACAGUCCAGAUCUUGAGCAUGUGAGUCUUGCAUCUCAAUAUCAUUCUUGUUAGCUGAAUGACUUAAGUUCUCUGGGAUGUGUAGUGGGUUGAGUAAGGUUCUAACAGGGAAAAGACCUGGAGCCUAAAAUAAAUGAAAGAAGGGUGGUAAACCAGCUGAGUGCACUUAAUUAGCCAAUGUCUUAUUAUGUCACUGUGUAGAGUAAUGUACCAUUUUUGCACCUUUACUACACUUUCAGCACUGAUUAAUGGGCCAGAAUGGACUACUUGUUGAUAUUCUGACUUUUGUAGGUUUACUUGCCUAGCCCCUGUGCCUGUGUGUGUAGCACACUCCAUAAUAAGCAGUUGUGAUUUAUUUUGCACUGUCCGGUAUAGUGUUCUCCUUUGCAGUAGCUUUUAAGUGGAUCAAGCAUAGACUUUCUUGCUGCUGUGGAUACAUAUUCAAAUCUGUGCUCCUUUAUUUGCAGGUAAAACAUGGAUUGUUUCUCAUUUUACUUUUGGAGAGAUGAGCACUAAGCAGUUGUUUUGUCAGCCAGGAGCUUGGACCUGCUGUUUGACUUGUUUGGGAGUUUUGGUGCAGCUAUUUAGCUUCAAUGGCUGUAGAUAAUGGGAGGAUGCAAUUACAUUAGCCAGUUUGACUCUUGUCUCUCAUCUUCUCCCUGCCCAUGGGCAGCUUGAGACAGUCAGAAAGGGGUAAAAUCUGUUAGCCAUAACUACUGCUGCUCCAUCAUCAGACUCCAGUGUUUUACCUGGAUUAUAUGCCCCACACAUAAAAAUAAGCUGUGCGUAUGGAAGGAAAGAAUAGCUCACUGUUUCUCUUCCCUAAUCCCUGCACAUGAGAAUUUGAGUUACAGACCAUGAUCAAGAUGCCUAGAAUCCUGUUCUACAGCUACCUGAAAUAAUGCAUUUGGCACUGUUACUUAGCAAAGCUUGGGUGGUUUUGGUUCCAAUUUGCAAGAGGCAAGGAAUGAUAACUGAAAUGCAUGUAAUAUGAAGGCCUGGCUGUAGCUAUCUAGUAUGCAGGGGAUGCGAGUUUCAUGGAACAGAACACACUUAGACAUCAGUUAACAUAACUUGCAGGUAAUGGGGUCCUUCCAAAACAGGUGAGGUUUUCUUUCUUUCUGCAGUUGGGGGCAGGGCAGGAUGUGGCUAAACUUGAGGAUGUGGAUUCCAUCCCACUGAAUGGUGAGAUAUCUCCAUUGGGUCACCUUGGAUCAGACUCACACUUUCAGCCUAAUCUACAGCACAGGGCUAUUGUAAGGAUAAAAUGGGCGAGAGGAGUAAGAUGUAAACUUCUUUGAGUCCCCUUUGGGGAGAAAAGUAGAGUAUAAAUGAGGUUGUAAAUUUAAAAAAAUAAAUGUUUGACAGUAUAGCUAAUUCUUCUCCCUCUGAACUUGGAGGACAUCUUUUUUUCUGGGUAAUUUCUACCAUUGACCUGGAAGACAGAAUUCAAACUUUAUAUCAUUGGGCUGUUCUGCUCUCUCUAGAGCCCAUGCCUGGAAAUAGAGGGUGAGAAAAGCAAAGUCACAUUCCUUUUGGGAGAUUAGGAGGAGGUGACGGCAGCAGAAGCCACAGGAGAACUAUUCCGGAUGGACGUGUCCCAAUUAUGGACUGCACCAACCUUGUCCGAGAACACGGCGGUGCCCUCUUUACAUGGCCAAAAGUACACCAGAUAGGACAAGUUAUCUGCAAGACCGCCUCUCCCCUUAUUGCACUCAAAGACACCUCUGAUCUACGGAGGGGAAUUUGUUGGUGGCCCCGGAAAUGUUCAGCUGGCAAUGAUACGGGCCAGGACUUUUAUUGCCACGGUCACGGCCUGGUGGAACACACUCCCUGGUGACAUCCAGGCCCUUCAGAGUCUGCCUCAGUUCUGACAUUUGUCAAGGAACCCCAACAGAUACAUUGUCUUCUCACAUGGAGACUGAACACCAUUCUCAAUGCAUUAACCAAGCCACCAUUCGAACCAGUGAGGGACAUUCACCCAUGUUUCCUGAGAAUGAAAACAAUUUACCUAAUUGUAGUGACCUUGGCCAGGAGAGUAUCCUAACUGAGCACCCUGUCAGUGGACCCAAAACUAUGUGUUCCGUUGGGACAAGGUAGUCCUAUGCACAGAUCCUCUGUUUCAACCCAAGGACAGCUCCAAGUUAUGUAAAACCAGUGCUCUUUUUGUGUCAGCAACUCAUCAAAACAACGGUCACAGAUUUUUCCUCUCCACUAUCAGUAAGUGUCUGAGGGAUUGCAUACAAGAGGCGUAUAAGGCAAGUCACAUUGCUCCACCUUCAGGAAUCAUUGCUCUCUCAGUCAGAAGUGCAGCAACAAAUGCAGCAUUAGCCAAAAUGCUUCAGUGGAAGAAAUUUGCAGAGUGGCCACAUGGUCAUCAGUAUCCAUCUUCAUCAAGCGUAUCAAGAUUGAUAAGUUCGGUGCCUCUGAUGCUGCCUUUGGAUGUAAAGUGUUGCAGCAUUGGCUAAAUGAGGAUGCUGGAGACUCACCCUCUAGCCAUUUCCCCACCUUAAAAAAUAACGCUGAAGCAAACAGCGCUCCUUUGGAUCGCAGGUUUUGAGCACGGGGUCAUGUUCCCCACCACAACUUCUGCCCCUUGGUCCAAUGAACGUGGCAGCCACACAGCAGCCAGGCAGGACUCCCCACGAUCCGCUCAGAGGAUGUCCUGAUUGGCUGCUGCGUUGUGCUGCAGCAGGAAUUUUUUUAAUUUUUCAAAUGGACGAAUCAACGUGUCCCCACUUUUCCGAGGAACCCACGUCUAUUUAUGCACACACUAUAUGCAUCCAUGCUCAUGUGCACUCAAAACGACGUGCAGACGUGGAUUCCUAGUGUUAAAAAUAAAAAAAUUAAAACCAGCUGCGCACACAUUACGCACGCCCCGCCAUGCCCUGAUUGGACGGGAGGGUCACGUCACUAAGCGGCGGGAAAAAUGGAACCUGGAGUCACCCCCCGGGCUUCCCCACUGCCCCACGCUCCCCGCGGGUUUCUUCAAAAGGCUCUGUUUCUAAUAGUGCCGGAAAUGAUGCACGCUGAGGGGGCGCGAGAGCAGAAGAAUCGGGGCGGCUGCACUGUCGCCACUCCUGUAGUGGGGAGUGCCGCUGGACCACGCGUUACUUGCCGCGAGUAGCGUGCAACAAAGGGUGAGUGGGGAAACGACCUCUGUUGCUUAGCAUGGCUUUGGGAAGUCCCAGAAAGAUAUCCUCCAAGCUCAGUAGGAGAACGACAGUUGGUUCUUACCUGUGAAAGGUCCUUCUCCUCUGAGCAUCAGAGGACAUCUUGCCCUCCCCACAUCAUCGGAGUUCAGAUAGGCAGCGUUCAUAUCUGAGUGUGUUAUUGUACACAAUGUUGUAGCAUUUAUUCUGUUUCUUCCUGUUGUGGUGUCUUUCUGCACCUUCUCACUAUUCACUGUUUACUGUUUUGUUUAAAAUAGUUCUAGAUGUGGAGAAAUGGCUCCUUCCCCCCUCCCUUUCUUUUUUCUUUCAUCCUCCCCUUCUCCAACCAGGUAGCAGAGAUUUGGAGGACUUAGAAAUCCCAGAGAAACAUCAGGAAAUGCUACCUGACCUAGGGGGAAAUGAUAUCUUGACCCAGCCUGACCUGGUCAAAGGAGGGUGGGGUCUGGGAUCUGAUAAAUUGAGGGGAAGAGAGAGGUGAAGCCUCUAUGCUGAGGUCUGUCUGGAGGAGAGCAGAGCUCUUGCCUGAACUGGGAAGGCGGCAGCCAUUUUCUGGACCAUGUGCCAGAUAAAGUGAGCUCUUUGCCAAUUGCAACAUUUUAAGCUUUAAGGACCUACCCUGCUUUCUACCAU